AUGGAUAUUGACAACAACAACAAUUCCAUCACCCCUAGCAACAAAGAGAACAAGACAACGAUCGACAUAAACAACAGAAUUUCUACAAACAAUGGCAACAUCCUCAACAACAGCAACAAAUUCAUCGACAACAACAACAUCAGCAACAACAACAACAACUCUUGCAACUACUGCGGUCGAAAAUACAACACAACGGGUGCCUUAAAGAUGCACAUAAGAACGCACACUCUUCCAUGCCGUUGCGAUCUUUGCGGCAAAUCUUUCUCCAGGCCUUGGCUUCUGCAGGGUCAUCUGCGUACCCACUCCGGGGAAAAACCCUUUAAAUGUGAUUUUUGUCAAAGGGCCUUUGCCGAUAAAUCGAAUUUAAGGGCCCACCUCCAGACACAUGCACAGAUUAAGCGAUAUUGUUGUAGCCAUUGUGGAAAAUCAUUCUCGCGUUUGCCACUACUGUUGAAGCACGGUGCAAGUUGCGGAUUUUUGUAG